GUGGCCCCUUAAAAACAUAUAAAAAAGUUUUGCAUUAGUGAAGGGCGGCAUCAUGCUCCUUAUCUUUUCAUAUUUUCCAAAAUUGACACCUUAGAAUAUCAAAAAGUUAGUUGAAAUCAAGACAAAAAUAUGUCACCGACUAAAACUAAAAUACCAAACUAAAACUUGGAAAGCAACUCUUGGUUGAUUGGAUAUGCAAGAAAACACACAACUUCUUCUUCCUUAACUUUCUUUCUCCCUCAAGCAAAGGGGGAAAGAAAACCCAAAAAUAUAAUCUUUUGAUAUCUUUGAAGAUGGUACAAAGAAAGGUGGCAAAGAAUAAACAACUUGGUAUUCAAGCUAAUAAUACCCUUAGAACAGAGAAAACUACAAAUCCCUCCCUCCAACACCCUGAUAGCAAGAGCAAAGGAGCUGAUUUGAAGGCAGUAAAGAUGAAGAAAUCUCGGUCGAUCAAACGGGCUAACGUUGAGACUAGCCUUCGUUCGUCAGCGAAAAGCAACCAGGAGCCUCGGCAGCCCAGAAAACCACCUCCUAUUGUUAUGUCAAGUCCCAUAAAACCUUCACCAUGUAAGUCUACUUAUGCUUCCCCAAAUUAUAUGAAGAGUACAAGUAGUUUUGAGGCAAGAAAGGAGAAAACAACUAAAGUGAGCAGCAUUUCAAGCACCUCAAACUUUCAUAGAGUUCCUAGAACAUUAACCAAAACAUCUAGUUUAGAAAAAGUAAGGACCUUAACCAAGGCACCUAGCUUUAAGCAUACAAGAACAACAACCUGUUCAUCAACCCUGAAAGACUCUAAGUUUCCCUCUUACCUUGAACUCAAGCCUGGCGCGACUGAAGCCGAAGGAAGAUCAGUGCUGAGAGUCUGUUCAUAUAACCAUUGUUCCCUUAAUGGUCAUCACCAUAAAUCUGCACCGCCUUUGAAGCGUUUCAUGUCUUCAAGGCGGAGGCUUCUGAACACUCAGAAGCUUAAUAGACCGAAAGUUUUCUCCCCCCGUAAGGGGAAGCCUUCUGAGUGUAAGGUCAAAGGACUAGGGGAACGAAACGAGGAUUUCUUUGUCGAAAUCUAUGUACCAGAUAGAGAAGUUGCUACACAGGUCUCUGAGAGCUUGUCAGAUGGACCAUGUUCCGAGAUUGACUUCCAGGAUGAUCUUGAUCUGAGUGAAGACACUGAUGUUGGUCCUAUAGAUGCAGAUCAUACACCGACACCUUUUCAGAAUCAGUCAACAUUUGAAAGUCACCUGGAAGUAGAGAGCUCUCUUGAUGUUCCUCUGGAUGAGUUAUUCUAUGGAAACUCAGACAUCGAGUGGGAAGACGGGCAGAUGUUCAUUCAGAGUGAUUAUAGUAAUGAUGAAAGUAAACCUGAUUUUGAGACGGGGAACAAUGUUGGCAAGUACUUGGAGGAGUUCCAUGAUUACCCACCAUAUUUUCAUGAUGAAAUUGUGGAGUGGAUAUGUUUCAGCGAUGUCGAUUCUUUACCAGAUAGUGAGUUCACCCAAACAGGUGAAAAAGACAUAGGAGAGCGAGUUAUGGCCGAGGUGAAGGAUGAAGUGAAUUACGGACCAGACAAUGAGGUACCUGAGGAGAAACCUACCUUGGCAGAUGAAGCAACUAUUCACGCCACAAAGCUAGAAGACGAGUCCAAUGAUGAACAAGGCCGCAUUUACUCUGAUCUUAUCGAAGAGACUACAGAAGCUCAAAAUGAAGAUCUUGAUUCUUACCAGAAUUUAGUUGAAACAGCUAGUGAUGAAUUAAAUGAAGACAACAACAUAACUGGAAAAUCCAGUGAAGAGAAUGCUGCUGAAACGGGUAUGGAAGAAAGUGAGGAAAGAAGUAAAGACACACAGCGAAUUACUGAAAAUUUAGAAGCUUCUAGUGCAAAAGAGGGAAUUUCCUCAGCCAAUGACGAGGAUCAAAAUGGUGCUGAUUGCAGUGAAGCUGUGGAUGAAGCUCAUGCAAGUCGUAACAGCAUCAAUGAUAAAAACUUCCACCUAUACAAAGAUGGUCCAGGGCAGAGAGAAAUCGAAGCCAACAUUUGUGUCAGUGCAGGACCAGCAAGUUUUGAAGAAGAAAAUGAUUCAAAUGAGGCCAAACUUCAUUCAUAUGAGAACGAUGUUGUUGAAGUUAAAGCAUCUAAAAUGGGAGACACUAGCAGGACAGAAGAAGACGCUGAUGCAUCAUCUGCCACCAGAAACAAAAUGCAAGAAACUAGGAAAUGCAUUUCCAGCAAUGGGACAUCUGAUUGCGACCUGGAGCUCCUCGACAGCUGCAACAGAUUAAAGAGAGCAAUGAGAUGCAGAAAAGAAGAUGAGAAUGUUGAGGAAGAAAGAGAAUUCAACCCAAGAGGACCAAACUUCCUAGAUAUUGAUCCCGACCCAGAAGCAGAAAAAGUGGAUCUCAAGCACCAAGAGAUGGAUGAUAGGAGAAAUGCGGAGGAGUGGAUGCUUGAUUAUGCACUGCAGAAAACGGUCAACCAGCUCACUCCAGCUCGAAAGAAGAAGGUCGCAUUACUAGUUGAAGCUUUUGAAGCUGUUCUACCAGAACCUAAGAACAAAUCAUAUAGGAGAAGUUUAUCAGGUUCAACCCAUGUAAGACCCAUUCAAGCUUGCAACUAAAUCCAUAUAGAAGAAAAUUUCUCCAGUUUGUUUUUGAAGCAUAAAAUCUACCACCUAUUGAUCUCAAAAUGCAGAUUGAUGGUAAGCAGAUGCAGCUCACUCUGCUACUGAAGGAUGUACUAUAAAUGAACUGCUAUUGUUGAGUAGUAUAACUUUUCCUUAUUAAACACUAUAUCUGACUAUUUACUGUAUUGCAUGUACAACUCAAUAUGAUCAAAUUGUGAGUAAGGUGUUUGCCUUUCAUUUCAUUUAACUUCUA